GAGCCACCAGGCCCUGGCUAGGACAUGACGGAGGAGCCACGGUUAUGGCCUCUGCCCUCAGGCCUCGCCGGGCUCCUAUUCCUCUUCUUUUGCAGUAGAGCAUUAAGCAAUGAAAUCCUGGGGCUGAAACUUCCGGGGGAGCCUCAGCUCACUCCCAACGCUGUGUGCCUAACGCUGCCUGGUCUCAGUAAGCGUCAGUUUGGCCUGUGCCUGCGCAGCCCCGAUGUGACAGCAUCUGCGCUACAGGGCCUGCACAUCGCAGUCCACGAGUGCCAGCACCAGCUUCGGGAUCAGCGCUGGAAUUGCUCCUCCCUGGAGGCCAGCGGCCGGCUGCCACACCACAGCGCCAUCCUGAAGCGGGGUUUCCGAGAGACUGCCUUCUCUUUCUCCAUGCUAGCUGCUGGGGUCAUGCACUCAGUGGCCAUGGCUUGCAGCCUUGGUAAACUGGUGAGUUGUGGUUGUGGCUGGAAAGGCAAUAGAGAACAGGACCGGCUGAGAGCCAAACUGUUACAACUACAGACACUCUCCCGUGGCAAAAGUGCCCCUAACUCCCCAGUUGGCCUUGGACCCAAUUCAGGCACCAUCCCUGGUCCCCAGGAUACAUGGGAAUGGAGUGGCUGCAACCAAGACCUGGACUUUGGGGAAAAAUUCUCUAGGGAUUUUCUGGAUUUGAGAGAGGCUCCACGAGAUAUCCAGGCACGAAUGAGGAUCCAUAACAACCGGGUGGGGAGACAGGUGGUGACUGAGAAUCUGAAACAGAAAUGUAAGUGCCAUGGCACAUCAGGCAGCUGCCAAUUCAAGACCUGUUGGAGAGCAGCACCAGAGUUCCGGGUGGUUGGGGCAGCACUUAGGGAACGAUUAAACCGGGCAGUCUUCAUCAAUGCCCACAACCGAAACUCGGGUGCCUUCCAGCCCCGGCUUCGCCCUCGCCGGCUCUCCGGUGAGCUUGUCUACUUUGAGAAAUCGCCUGACUUUUGUGAUUGGGAGCCAGCCCUGGGAUCACCAGGCACACAGGGACGUGUCUGCAACAAGACCAGUCGCCUCCUGGAUGGUUGUGGGAGUUUGUGCUGUGGAAGAGGGCAUAACGUUCUCCGUCAGACCCGUGUUGAGAGAUGCCACUGCCGUUUCCAUUGGUGCUGUUAUGUUCUCUGUGAUGAGUGCCAGGUCACUGAGUGGGUAAAUGUCUGCAAGUGAGAGGGACACAUCCCCAUCUCCCACCCUAAUUCACACUAUGGAAACUAGGAAAAGGGAAGGACUCUCUUUAGCCCUUUGAAGCUUAGUUCAUUCAUCAGUAUCUCCCCAGAAACAGUUUCAGGGAGUGAAAGCUUGAUGGGUCAGUAAUAUGUCCUUUCUUGUUUUCCCUCUAUAAUUAGAGGAUUGGGAAAAAAGAUCUGAAACUCCUACCCUUUUCAUGCCUUAUUCUAUGCCUUUCACAUACUGGGAUAGGCAAGAAUGAAAUUCACUGUGGUGUCACCCAACUACUUGAUUGUACAUCUUCUUGCUCCCUAUGGAAAAACCCAUGAUUCCUGACCCUUGGAUGCGUGAGGAUUAUACAAUGUAUAUACAAUGUAAUGUAUCCAGGAGUUGGGCAGAACCAUUAAUGCCUAUUCUAAGAAGAACCAUCCACAUGUGUCUAAUCUUCUCACAAUUCUAGCAAGUAGUGUUGGGUCUCCUGUUAUGAAGUAAUAGAAAAAAGCAAAGUAGAAGGGGAUAUAUUUCUGGAAAGUGCCUAAAUAACUGGGAAUCGUUCCUUAGAACUCCUUAGAAAGUGCCUGUUCCGACCCCUUAGUUUCCUAAGUCUUCCUCCUUUUUUACUGGAUCUUAGGAUCUUAGGAGAUCUAGGGACUAGGACUUUCUGAUCUUUUCUGUCUUCCCCAGAAGAAGGGGAGGGAACAGAUAAUUUAUUUUGCUGAGACUUGUUCUUGGAUACUCUUUAUAACUAAAAUAAAUUAAAAUCAAAUUGCUGA